AUGGGUGGAUGUUCUGCUCCGAAUUGCUCCAAUUCUACAACCAUCGGAAAACAACUUUUCCGUUUUCCAAAAGAUCCGAUUCGGAUGAGAAAGUGGCUGAUCAACUGUCGACGGGACUUCGUGCCAACCCCAUGCUCCAGACUCUGCCAGGAUCAUUUUGAGGAGAGCCAGUUCGAGGAGAUCGCCAGGUCACCAACAGGAGGAAGGAAACUGAAACCCAACGCAGUUCCCACACUGUUCAACGUCCCAAACCCGCCUUCGCCCAUCGCCCAACACACACACUCCACCCUCCCACUGAAACCUGACCCAGCAGAGAAAGAUUUGAAGGUUGGGGAUCACGGUUACGCUCGCCGGCAGCCCCGAGCGGAGUUUGAGGAAGACGAGCUGCAGAGAGCGGAGGAAGAGCGGCCAUGUUCUCUGUGCCAGCACUAUAAAACCCAGCUGGAGCAGCAGCAGCAGCACACGGCCAGGCUGCAGAGAGAGGUGGAGGAGAUGAAGAAGCGCUUGCACAGGCUCAGCAGGAUGGAGAAAGGACUGCAGAUGUUCCUGUACGAGGACCAGAUCCGAGCUCUGACCCUAACCAAGCGCUCGCGCCGCGCCGUCUGGUCCCACGAGACCGUCCUGACCGCGCGGAGGAUUCGCUGCGCCGUCGGAGUGAAAGGAUACGAGUUCCUGCGAGAACUCGGCUACCCUUUGCCCUCAUACCGGACCCUCUGUAACAGACUCGAACCCAAAAUGAUGAUGAGCACGAGCAUGCAGGAGGAUCUGGCAGAACUCGGGCUGGGGAUCAUCACUGCCUGCGACAGUCCGGAUGAAAACGGGACAAGCGAUGAAGGACUGAUCGGGAUGAUGACAUAAGACUGGCUUGUUGUUUCUGGCUUGAGAGAGACAGAGAGAGAGAGAGAGUGUGUGUGUGUGUGUGUGUGUGUGUGUUCUGUUUUUGACUGAAACUACUUCGACUUACCAUAUCAGCACAUGGGCUUUAGCAGAACAUUUGAAUUGUAGAUUUAUUUGUUUGUCAUUCUGUAAAUGUUUAUUUAUUGUACCACGGCGCUGUUGAAUUCUGGAUUCUGAUUGGUUGGAAGGUGUUGAUUAAUUUCCUGUAACAGCAGCUCUGACAGUAGUGCAGCUGCACAUCACAGGUGUGUUUAUAAAUAAUUUGCUCGUUCUAAUACGUUAUCGUCUCUAUAGUAACAGCUCUUUCACUGGGACUUGUACAGCUGAAGCUCCACAUAAUACACAUUGUUGAAGUUUUCUGUAAGGAGGCAUUCAUUUAACAUUUAUGGAAGGAGUCUCCAGUGUCAGCGCUCUGUAACAAUCAGAGGUAAAGCUGUAGCUUUAAGUUUUCCAGCAUCUUCAUGACAGAGUAGUUUACGUUUUAUAAGAGGGGGGAAAAAAGAGAGGCUUAACUUGUUUCACAGACAUUAAAUGUAACUAUAAGUGAAUAAAAAGUAUGAUGUCAUUUUUUUAUGAAUAAAAUCUGUAAUUGUUAGUAAAUUGCUGUGGUUUAAGACGAAUAAAACACUUCUGUUAUAGGAAAAUAAAUCAUUUCAUUGUGGUAACAGUAAGUCCGCUUCAUCACACAGAGCAUUGUUGAUUAUUUUCCUAUAACAGCACAGUAUGUUUUAUUUCUUACAUAAAAAGUGUACACUGUUUUCUCUUUAUCCCAAACAUCGAUCAGCAAAACCAUGUUUGGUGUCUGGAGUUUGCUUCUUUAGUGACUUGUUGUUAAUGACUCAGAGGUUACUGAAGAGUUCAGGGAACUGGAACUGAUUCACUUUUCCCCUCAUAUCGAUCAAACGUGCUGUAACACGAGGUUCUCACGUCACACAUACGCCACAUACGUCACUGUUUCUGUUUAGAGCUGAAGGUGUACGAAGGGGUAUAGUAGCAUCUGUUCACAGUUUUAACAAGAAUAAAUAACACAACACUGAAGUUGUAGAGCAGGGGGUAAUUAUUCAGUUAGGAGAAACGGAUAGAAGCGUGCCAUGGUAGUAAAAUAAUCAGCGAUGGUGUGAAGCGGAGCAGAGAUUACAGGGUCACAUGGAUUUUUUUUUCUAAUAAAAUGCAAAAUUUCUACUCUCACCAGAUCAAUGAUCACGAUAAAGUAUUGAAAACAGAUUUUCCCUGAAUGUCAGGAUCCUGGUGUUGUAACAAUACGAAGCCCCUGAACUCCUCCUGUAUUGGUUCAGUGUGUUUGUUC